AUGGACGGCGAAGAGCCAACGCAGGCGACGCAAAACGUCCUCGACCCGCGCAGGGUAGGCAAGCAGAACUCGGGCUUUUCCGACGAAGACAUCUCGGACAUUGUCUGCGUGCUGUAUCCGCACUCGGAGUGUGCGCGCCACGAGGUCCAGCAGCUGGCCAGGAUCGGAUCGCCGUUCAUCAUUGGCAAGGACGCCGCCGACGGCGUUGAGCCCAACUACGAACUCGAGGACCAUGCGAGCCGCUUCGAGUCCGACCCUAUAAACCAUGGCAACUAUGCCAUUCUACUGCGGCUGUCAAGCCAAGUUAAGAACCCUGCGGCCGGCUUCGUCUUUGGGAGGAACAAUGCUAGGUGCGAUGUUGUCUUCGUCAAUGAUCCGCUGCGGAGAAUCAGCAACAUCCACUUCCGCAUAUACGUCAACGAGUACGGCAUCGUCAUGAUCGAGGACAAGUCUACCAAUGGAACCUUUGUCGACGACAACCUCCUCACUUCCCACCCCAAGGAGCCUGGCAAGCCACCCAAUACGAGGUGGGUGCUGAGCUCGGGAGCCAUCAUCUGCAUCUAUCUUCACAACCAGAUGAAGGAUCUCUCCUUCCGAGUCCGAAUCCCACGCCGCGAUGACGAAUACGAGGGGGCAUACGCACGCCAGGUGGAGGAGUAUUUUGCUCGCCACGCCUUGCAAGGGCCGGUUGAGACCGUCACCACCGGCCCCGGAGGACAUGUCGAUUUGUUCAAGACGGCUCAGCCGGCACCCCCGCGGCGCCUGGAACGCCAGCCGUCUGAUCAGCGUUCUCCCUCAAAGCGCAAAGAUGCCCGAGCUGUGCGACGAGAGUGGACUGGAUCCGGCAAGUACAACAGGAUUGGCAUGAUCGGCAAGGGAGCCUUUGCGGUGGUCUACAAAGUUACAUCAAAGUAUGACGGAAAGCCGUACGCCGCCAAAGAGCUCGAGAAGCGCCGCUUCAUUAAGAAUGGGGUGCUGGAUCAAAAGGUGGAGAAUGAGAUGAAGAUUAUGCGCAAGGUGCAUCAUCCCAACAUCGUGCGUUACAUGGAAAACUUUGACUGGGAUGAUCGACUACUCAUCAUCAUCAUGGAAUAUGUACCGGGGGGUGAUCUUGGAAAACAUAUCGUAGAUUAUGGGGCAUUCUCGGAAGACGACUCAAGGACAAUGGCCCAGCAGCUGCUGAGCGCACUCGCCUAUUUACAUCGCAAUAAUAUCACCCAUAGAGACGUCAAGCCAGACAACAUAUUGAUCAACACGCUCCAGCCACUGGACGUCAAGCUCACAGAUUUUGGGCUUUCAAAGAUGGUGGAUACCGAGCAGACUUUCCUCAGGACCUUUUGCGGCACACUGCUCUACUGUGCCCCGGAGGUGUACACCGAGUAUGUAGAGUACGAUGAUAACGGUAUUAGGAGCAGAGGGAAAAAGGCUCGCCGUGUACCGGGCCAAAGAUACAAUCAUGCCGUGGACAUCUGGUCUCUAGGCGGCGUCCUCUUUUAUUCGAUGACAGGCCAGCCUCCCUAUCCAGUUAAAAGCGGCAUCAGCUAUUCCGAACUGCUGCAUAAAAUUAUGACGGAGAUGCUGGACAUUCGACCAUUGGAUCAACAAGCCAUUUCCUCGAGCGGCAUUGACUUUCUCUGCCGCAUGCUUCAGAGAAGACCGGAGAAUCGUGCGACGGUAGAAGAGCUCGAUGACCAUCCAUGGUUGGGUGGUACAACUAUUGAAGCCUCUCAGUCGUUUGAUGAAAUUACCGACGACGAAGACUACUUAGAUCCGCAGCUCCAGUACCGGACACACGACGAUGUUGACGAGGAUGACCGAGUGAGUGAUUCCAUGGGUGAAGAGGAGGACGAAGAGGGGGGACAGGAUAAGGGAAAAGGAAAGGAGAAUGGAAAUCAUACCUUUGGUCGAGGUACACAGCCUCCACGCCUCUUUGGAGAAGUUGGGGCUUCCGCCUUUGUCAAUUCUGGAGCAGUACCUGAGAAGCAUCUCAACCUGCCGGUUACGAACAGGAAUGGAGCGAGUGGCGGCAGUGGCGGCAGCAGUGACAACUUCGAAAGCCAAGUAGACGAGGCCUACGACUCUGGGGAUUCCGCCGCAACUCUCAUUAAGCACCGUCGCAUCUUCCGACAGGAGACAAGCGUGUCCAUUGACCACCAUCAGUCUGCCGACCAGCUGCAAAGCUUGGUGGAAGACGUCGCUUCGCAAAACUUGAAUGGCGCUGAAUCAGUGGUGAGGCAUCCGGAAUCGUCGUCACUCUACUUGACCGCCUCAAUGGAUUUCAAUACUAGCAAGCGCAAACCCCCGUCAGUUGAAGCCAGCGAUGAGUUUGACAGCACGCCUACGGGGAAACCAACCAUCAAAAGGCUAAAGUCUGACGGGUUUACCGAUGACCUUUCCGAGGAGGCUGUUGAGGAGUGCAAGCUGCUGGCCCGCAUGCCUCCCAUUCAGAGAUCUGGAUCCGGCCGUCAGAUUGACGGAAUAGUAAAUAAACAACGCUUUUGGGAGCAGGACCGCAAGACGUGGCACCUCAACUACCCUGAGAUGACGCAGCUCCAGUACGAGGCGUUUGUUCAGGCGGCGCGCGACAGAGGCGAACAGUUCAGCCCAGGCAAGACGCCGCUGUGGAGUCUGGCUAUGAAAUACUUCCCCCCUGUUGCCCCGGCGCAGAGGCACAAUGGCCAAGCCAACUCGCCAACUCUGGGGCAAUCUCCUGACGAGGACAUCGCCAUGGAUUUCCCCCCUACUGCUGUACAACCUGAGGAAGACGCGGAACCUUACAUUCCAGAUUCUCAGAAUGUUGUAGUUCCUGUGCAGAAAGAGACACAGGCCAGGGCCAUUGGCCUGAUAGAACCUGACAAGAGCUCCUGCGUUCAGGGGAUUUCAUGUCCCAUGACGGAUUCGCUGGUAUCAUUCGGUCGGGGCCCGGAAAACACCGUCGUCUUCGAGGCAAGGACUGACACAAGAGUGCCAAAGUACGCCUUCAAGGUUUUGCUAUGGAAAGAGGGCUACGAUCCCGCAAAGGACCCGGCCAAGACUCCUCCCCCGUGGGCCCGAGACUCAACACCAGACAAAGACUCGUAUUUCUGCUGGAUCUCAUCCAAAGCCACGAUAGGCAUCCGCGUAAACGGACACGACCUCCCGUCUUCCGAUCCAAAGAACCCCUCGGCACCCUCCGUGCACUGGACCAAGAUCUACGACGGAGACACGCUCCUCGUAUGGGGCACCCCCGACGCCAAAUACCAGACAAAGUUCGUCUUCCGCUGCUUCUGGGGCGGCUCGGCUCGCCCGCGCCAAGACCAGCAGAGGCUCGAGCUCGCGGACGCCUCCGUGGCGGAGAAGCUCGACGCCGCGUGCCAGCGCACGGAGAAGCGCAUCCGCGACGUCGCCGACAAGCUCGCCGACAAGCGCAGCAGGAUCAACGACGCGAAUGCCGAGCACAAGGAGCGCGGCCGGCGCAUCGACUUUGAGCGCGAGAGGAGCUACGCCUUUGAGCGGAACAGGCUCGAGGCCAUGGAGAUUCUCGCCUUGAGGGGCGCCUCGUCGAGGAAGGGCUCGCCCGCCAGUGUGGCGCCAACCAUGUAUUCGAAUCGGUUGCAGUCGACCAUGAUUAGGAUGAGUCCGGAGAAGGAUGUCGUGCGGUCGGUUCGAUGA